AUGGCAUUGCUGCGGGAUGGUGUGAUGGCCACCACCGAUAUACCGAGCAGCAGUAUGAUCCCGUUCGCCGACAGGGUGAACGAAAUCCAUCAGGAUCUCAUCAUCUGGAUCGCCAUCGACGGCAUCCUGAUGGUGUGCAUCUUCAGCGGCAACAUACUGACGAUCAUUGCCGUGUGGUACUAUAGGCGUCUGCAAUGGUUAAUAUCGAACCUGUUCGUGCUGUCGCUCGCCAUCUCGGACAUCUUUGUCGGGCUCACGCUACCGUACCAUCUAGCGUUCUACAUGGGUGUGGAUCUUGGCCACCACAAGCAUCUCUGCCUGUUGCGCUUUUUCGUGCUUAUCAUAGCGUGCAGCGUUUCGAUCUGGAACCUGAUAGCUAUUGCCGUCGAUCGUUACAUCGCUAUCUGUUACCCGCUCCACUACACGAGAUUGAUGACUAAGCGUACGGCCCUGACGAUACUCGGAUUUGGCUGGUGUCUGGCAAUCUCUAUUGCGACCAUACCGUUGAUAUGGAACAAAUGGGAAACCGCGCAGGAGUGUGAAUUCGACGAGCUGUUGCAUCCGUGGUAUGUGGCCGGUGUGAUAACGCCAAUCUUUUCCGUCGUUUGGCUCUGCCUGUUUGUCGUCUACUGGCGUAUCUGGCGUGAAGCUUCCAAGCACGCGAAGCAACUGCGAGCCCACGGUGGCGCAUCGGAGCGUUCGUCUAGCGACUGGAAGUCGGUACAGGUGGUACUGCUCAUCAUGGGGUGUUUUACCUUCUGCUGGAUACCGUACUUCGUAGUGGUGCUGACGCAGAUAUUCGCAUUCGUCGAGGACAGCUCACCAACGCUGUACAAAGCGGCAUUUUCCCUAGCCAUGGCCAACUCGAUGAUGAAUCCGAUUAUCUACGCGUGGAAGAAUACGCACUUUCGGCAUGCGUUCAAACAGCUGCUCACCUGCCACAAACCGGUCGUCCCGCUGGAGUUCGCCAACAACGGCGUCGGUGCGUUGGAGCUGGCAGCGGCAAAAUCGUGCCCGGAAAUGGCAACCGAAUCGAUCGGUCCCGUCGGUACGCACGGGACAGCACCAUCGAUACUUACCAACCAUAGCAGCCUGGCGAGUGUGUCGACCAUAACACCGGCGGUGCCCUCGUCCGAACCGGGCCGUUUCGAAUCGCUGGUCGUACUUGCACAGCUCGCGGGCGGAGAGCUUGUCCGGUCGACGGACAUCACCGCCAACACGACUAUAAGGGUAUCGCUGAGCAACGAAGAAUUGCCCGCCAUGGGUAGCAACAGAGAGGGACCCGGAAUACCAGCAAAUCCACCGGACGUCACAUCGGACCCGCAAACACCUUCCCCGUUUCCACCGGCAAAGUCGGGCAACGCAUCCACCCACAUAAUCGCAGGGAAUAUUAUCAUCAACAACUUCAACCUUUACGAUCAGGCGCGCAUGGAGCGAUUGUUGCGAGGCGAGUGGGCCAACAGCUCACCGAAUGGGGCGCCGGAAAGUACUUCCGAUACGGUCAGACCACCAGUGGGAACAACGGUGCAGCCCCCCGAAACUGACACUUCCUUGACUGAGCAAGAGGUAGCUAAAAACGUAACGAAGCUUUAA